AUGCCGCUAGGAGACUCUAUUGACCCUGAACUGGGAUAUGAUCCCGAGCUCCUCACUAGGGCCAUAGCCCGAGCAUUGCCGCCUACCUACGACUUUGAAAUCCCUCAGACCAUAAGCAAACUCCGAAAAAGGAAAUGCACCCAUGUGGCCUUGCAACUCCCCGAUGGUCUCCUUCAGUUCGCCACAAUACUUUCUGAUUUAUUCAAAAAGUUUUGCACGCCUUAUCUCCGCACUGUGACGAUCGUUGCUGAUGCUGUUUUCGGAGCCUGCUGCAUUGACGACCUCACUUGUCGGGCUAUAGGAGCUGAUGCUAUGGUUCAUUAUGGUCACUCUUGCCUCACUCCAGUGGAUCAGACUGUCGUCUAUACAAUAUAUGUCCUAGUGCGUAUAUCAUAUGACGUUGAUCACAUGACCGCGUCAUUAGCUGCGGCUGUUCCACCAGAGCAGAGGCCUGUAGCCUUGAUGGCGACAGUCCAGUUCUCACAGAUGCUGGACGAGGCGAAGGACAUCAUGCGCAGGAAAUACGGGUGGUCCGAGGACGACUUGUUUAUACCACAAGUGAAGCCAUUGAGCAAGGGCGAGACCUUAGGCUGCACAGCGCCAUCACUGGACGAUCGCGCUAAGACUAUCUACUAUGUAGCAGACGGUCGCUUUCACUUGGAGGGUGCCAUGCUGGCGAGUCCGAGCAUCAGCAAUGUGUUGCGAUAUUGUCCCUAUACUCGGCGGCUAUUUCGUGAGGGCUUGGAUCAAGCUACCAUGCAUAGGAUCAGAGAAGGGGAGAUAGCACGAGCAAGGGCGUCGAAGAAAACUGUUGGGUUGAUCUUGGGAACACUGGGACGGCAGGGCUCAGUGGGGAUCCUGGAAUCGGUGAGGGAGAUCGUACACAAAUCUGGCAGGGACACUGUGACGGUGUUGCUGAGCGAGAUCACCACAGAGAAGCUAAGAGACCUCGGUGACUCAGUAGGUUGUUGGGUGGAGGUGGCGUGCCCGAGGUUAGCACUAGAUUGGGGAGCUGCAGACUAUUCUAAGGAUGCUCCUAUGCUGUCGAGUUACGAGGCUUGCGUUGCAUUUGGAGAUGAAAAGUACGGCAGAGCUUCGACCAAUGGAUGUUCCUCGUCGGGUACGUCCUGUUGUAAGAGGUCCGAGGAAGAGGAGCCUCUGAGGUAUCCUAUGGACUACUACUCCAACACUGGUGGGGUGUGGUCAAACUAUCGGGCUAAGGGUGGCUUUGGAGGAUCACAGAGCGAGCAAUACACCUUCUGGCACAUGGGCCCUGGCAAGGCGGCGGAGUUUGCCGAAAACUCCAACACGGUGGCUUCUGUUGGGAAAUGACUGUGUUCAGCUGUACUCUGAAGUUCCUUUCCGU